CGGGCCAGUGGCGUAGCCGAGUCGGCGUCCGGCCGGCUGUGCGGAGAGGACGGGACCCGGCGGCACCGAGCGGGGGCCAUGGAGAAAGCGGCCCGCGGCUCCGCGUACACCGACUAGAGCCGGCGUCCGCCGCCGGCGCCAUGGACCGAGCGCCGGCCGAGCAGAAUGUCAAGCUUUCCGCUGAAGUAGAGCCAUUUAUUCCCCAGAAGAAAAAUCCGGACACAUUUGUGCUCCCUAUGGCUCUCCCAAAUGAUAAUGGAAGUGUUUCUGGUGUUGAAGCAACGCCAAUCCCCAGUUAUCUGAUUACCUGUUAUCCAUUUGUCCAGGAAAACCAGUCCAAUAGACAGUUUCCUUUAUAUAACAACGAUAUACGAUGGCAGCAGCCCAGCCCGAACCCUACAGGUCCCUACCUUGCCUACCCCAUUAUAUCUGCUCAGCCACCUGUGUCCACAGAGUACACCUAUUACCAGCUGAUGCCAGCACCCUGUGCCCAAGUUAUGGGCUUCUAUCACCCUUUUCCUGCACCUUACUCUAGCACCUUCCAGGCUGCAAACACUGUCAAUGCUAUAACCACAGAAUGCACCGAGCGUCCAAACCAGCUGGGACAGGCCUUCUCUUUGUCCAGUCAUCGGAGCCGCAAUGGUAACAGAGGGCCAGCAGUGUCAAAACCACAGCUUUUACAGCAACAUAUAAAAAACAAAAGACCACAGGUGAAGAAUGUGGCUACUCAGAAAGAAACAAGCUCAGCAGGUCCUGAUAGCCGGUCAAAAAUUGUGCUUCUGGUAGAUGCUUCCCAGCAGACUGAUUUCCCAUCAGACAUUGCUAAUAAGUCUCUCUCAGAGAGCACAGCCACAAUGCUCUGGAAAGCCAAAGGCAGGAGGAGGAGAGCAUCCCAUCCUGCUGCAGAGUCCUCCAGUGAGCAGGGGGCCAGCGAAGCUGACAUCGACAGCGACAGUGGCUACUGUAGCCCCAAGCACAAUAACCAGCCUGCGGCAGGAGCGCUGCGGAAUCCUGAUUCUGGGACCGUGAACCAUGCGGAAUCAUCAGGCUGUACAGGUGGUGUCAACUGGCCCAAAGUAACUUGCCAGGCAACCCAGAAAAGACCCUGGAUGGAAAAACACCCAGCGUUUUCUAGAGGGGGAAGGCAAACUGAACAAAGAAAUAAUUCACAGGCUGGAUUCAGAUGCCGAGGACACAGUACUUCCUCCGAAAGAAGACAGAGUUUGCAAAAGAGACAAGACAAUAAGCACCUAAACUCUGCUCAGUCUCACAGAAGGGACAUAAAUUCUGACUCUUUAUAUUUUGAGGAUGAAGAUGGGUUUCAAGAACUAAGUGAGAAUGGAAAUUCUAAAGAUGAGAAUAUUCAACAGAAACUUCCUUCAAAAGUAUUGGAUGACUUACCUGAAAACUCACCCAUCAAUAUAGUUCAGACUCCAAUUCCCAUUACCACGUCAGUUCCCAAACGAGCCAAGAGUCAAAAGAAGAAAGCACUAGCUGCAGCCCUUGCCACAGCACAAGAAUACUCCGAAAUAAGUAUGGAGCAGAAAAAAUUGCAGGAAGCUUUAUCAAAAGCAGCUGGAAAAAAGAAUAAAACCCCUGUACAGCUAGAUUUAGGGGACAUGCUAGCUGCUCUGGAGAAGCAACAGCAAGCAAUGAAAGCACGCCAGAUCACCAACACCAGACCACUGCCGUACCCAGUCGCCACCGCAGCUGCUUUUCACACGAAAGACUCUGCCGCCAGAAAGCCUUUAACCAAAAGUCAGCCCUGCUUGCCGUCCUCUAGUUCUCUGGACAUUACUUCCUCCAAAGCAAAGAAAGGAAAAGAGAAGGAAAUUGCAAAGCUAAAACGACCCACAGCACUCAAAAAGGUUAUUCUGAAAGAAAGAGAGGAGAAGAAGGGACGUCUGACUGUGGAACACAGCGUUUUGGGAGCCGAGGAGCCAACAGAAGCGCAUUUGGACCUCACCAGUGACUUGCCUCAGGAGACUGUCUCCCAGGAAGAUACUGGACUGAGCAUGCCCAGUGAUGCUUCACUGUCUCCAGCAAGUCAGAACUCUCCGUACUGUAUGACACCUGUGUCGCAAGGCUCUCCUGCCAGUUCCGGCAUAGGCAGCCCAAUGGCUUCCUCAACCAUAACCAAAAUCCACAGCAAGAGAUUUCGAGAAUAUUGUAAUCAGGUUCUCUCUAAAGAAAUUGAUGAAUGUGUGACUCUCCUUCUGCAAGAACUUGUCAGUUUCCAGGAGCGCAUCUACCAGAAGGACCCCGUGAGAGCCAAAGCCAGGCGGCGGCUGGUCAUGGGGCUGAGGGAGGUCACGAAGCACAUGAAGCUGAACAAGAUCAAGUGCGUCAUCAUUUCCCCGAACUGUGAGAAGAUCCAGUCAAAGGGUGGCCUAGAUGAGGCCCUCUACAAUGUCAUAGCCAUGGCCCGGGAACAGGAGAUUCCUUUUGUGUUUGCCCUUGGAAGGAAAGCUUUGGGACGCUGCGUGAACAAGUUGGUUCCUGUUAGUGUCGUGGGAAUCUUCAACUAUUUUGGUGCUGAGAGCCUAUUUAAUAGAUUAGUGGAGCUCACCGAGGAAGCCAGGAAGGCGUAUAAAGACAUGGUCGCAGCAACAGAGCAGGAGCAGGCAGAGGAAGCCCUGAAGAGCGUGAAGAGCGUGCCUCACCACAUGGGCCACUCUCGGAACCCCUCUGCAGCCAGUGCCGUCUCCUUCUGCAGUGUCAUCUCUGAACCUAUUUCGGAAGUAAAUGAAAAGGAAUAUGAAACUAAUUGGAGAAGCAUGGUGGAGACUUCAGAUGGCUUGGAAACAUCAGAGAACGAGAAAGAGCUUCCCUCUAAGCAGGGCCCUUCUGAAAAGCCUAGUAAACUCGUGCUUGACACAACCCUUGUGAGGAAGCAGCCGCUACCAGCUGCAGGUAGCACUACCUCAGCGCCAAGCCAGGGGAAGCCCCUAAGUGACAAGGACGAGCUGAAGCCAGAUGACCUGGAGUGGGCCUCCCAGCAGAGCACCGAGACAGGCUCCCUGGAUGGCAGUUGCCGAGAUCUUUUGAAUUCCUCCAUCACCAGCACCACCAGCACUCUUGUACCUGGCAUGCUUGAAGAAGAGGAUGAUGAAGAAGAGGAAGAGGAGGAAGAUUAUACUCACGAACCCAUAUCAGUGGAAGUGCAACUCAAUAGUAGAAUUGAGUCCUGGGUCUCAGAGACCCAGAGGACUAUGGAAACCCUUCAGCUCGGCAAGGCCCUUCCUGGCUCCGAGGAAGACAAUGCAGAACAAAGUGGAGAGGAAUCUGCAGAAGCACCUGAGGGCCUGGAAUCAGGGGUGGAUGGUGAGACCUGGACCCCUGACCAGCAGCCGAAGCCCAGCAUUUCCAUGAACAAAGAGCACUCUGACUCCAAUUCUGCUCCCCCAAAUCUGUAACUCAGGAAGUGUCAGCUGUCUCCAGCCGUGUCUGGCUGCAGCCAUGUCCCUGACACUCCAUCUCAGCGUUUUCCACUGUCCAGUUAUUUACUGUGUUUUUAAUUCCCAACAGACCUUUUAUAGCUUCUACCUAUUUUGUUACGAUCUCUAGCUUCUCUCCUAACUAGUGUCCAAGUCUCUUUCUGAGAAUUGUGGAGACAGUUCAGACUUGUUUCAACUUACUUUGUAAUGAAAAAUAAUGAUUAAAGAAAGAAGACCAAAUUCUACAGAAAAAACAGCUAAUGGCUGUUUAAGGUUAUUUUACAAACUAAAGAUUGAGAUUAUAAGGACCAGUGUUUGCUGAUUCCAUCUCCUUCAGGGUAAUUUUUGUCUGUUGGAGUUGUGGAAGCUGCUUAUGAAAAGUGCUGGAGGUAGAUCAGGGACUUCAAGUCAAGGGCAGCAAGGCUGCUCAGCGCUAUGCAUUAAAAAUGGGUGCAGAUUUUACUUGGUCCACAGUGCUUGUUUCCGAAGCUGCUGGUCAUUGUAACCCACAGAAGUCGGGAUGGGCUGAAACAGCCUGCAGGAGUUAGGCAAGCACUGGAGUGUUACCACGAUGGCCACCUUUGUAGAAAGGGAUAGAUGUUUGUAAGAGCAGACAGUCACCAUGGUGCAGCUUGCCAGGUUCUGUCUAAUUCUUGCCUCUUACCUCAGGAAUGCUCUUGUACAUAGUAUGUAAAGUCAGGCAAACGCUGACAGGUGAACAGUAUACAGGUUUGUAUUAGCACAGCAAUUCCCUGUGGACAUCCAGAAGCAAGGCUGUCCUGCUGUGUUCUACUUCUUGCUUUUGCUUUAAGACCCUUGUGUCUUGAGACGUGGUUCUGUUUGCAUAUUCAAACAAAUCCACUUUGUAAGUCGUUUCAUCUUUUUUUAAAAUGCACCUUCCUCAUGGCAAGAAUCACAGUUACAAGAUGUCAGGGAAAGGCCUUUGGCACAGUUUGUGACUUGUUUGGAUCAGGCUUGGACGAAGCUGUAGAAGAAAAGAGAAGGUUAUUCUAAUAUGUGGAUUCUUCAGAUGAUUUAUCAUAUGCAGAUUUAUGCAGAAAUUAAUUUUAUUCGUGGUUAUCUAUGUCCCUCUCUAGGAGUGGGGGGGGGGGGGAUCUUAAUGAGCUAUUUUGUUUGCUGUCCAGCCAUCACCUGAAUUCCUUUGUCUUCCAAGUUUCUGUAAGAUGGGAGAAUCAUACAUCACCUGUCUUUUGUCUUCAACUCCUUUCCUUCAACCCCAGCUACCAGCACACAGACGGACACGAGCUUUCUCCACAGAGAGAAGCGGGCAGUAGCCAGGUGUAUGCCCCUCCUCUGCUUAUGCGGGGCAGGACUUUGUCUCCCGGAGGCAGAAGAGACAAGCUAAAGAAAGUCUUUGCUGAAAUAAUUGGGACCUGCUGUGAGAGUUCUGAGGCUUUAUAAUGCUGGCAUUUAAUGCUGGAGGGAUGAAAUUUUUGACUGAUGGUAUAGAUUUGUAAAUUGUAAAAGUUUAGGAGCAUUGCUUUAUAAAAAAAAAAAAAAGUCAACUUGAUUAGUGUGCUAAAGGGGACAGUCUAAACUGCUGUCCAGUGUAGACUUUAGGCACUAAUUAUCUGAUACUUCAGUUAGACGUAAGGAAUGAAGCUGAUACAGUGUGAUGUACAUGGGCGGAUUCUUACUGUCUGCAUAUUUGGAAGCCUUAACAUAUGUAGAGAAAUGAUAGAGGUUUGGAUGACUGACAGUCUUGAAAGUAGGUGUGACAGCUUCUCCUGCUUUUCAUGACGUUGUUUCCUGUUGGGUGUCAGUGGUUCACAUAGCUCUUGAUCUGGAGGCUGUGGCUUUUCAGAGAUUCCUUGUAUUUGAUUCUCUUCUGGGCGUGGAUCAUCAUUUUAGAGUUUGACACUUGUACCAAAAGAGAAGUUGAGGAAGUCUUGACAAUACCUGCAACUUCCUUCUGCCGCAGCUGUCAGACGUUCAGUGAGUGCCCUCUCAGAGGCAGUGGCUUUCCUGCCCCAAACCCAAGGGACCACAGGCAUUACACAGGAAGCUGGUCACUGUAGAGGACAGCCCAGAGUUUAUUAAAGGAAGUUCUGAGUACCCUUAAAUAUGUAUCAGCGAUGUCUUUAUAAUGUUUCCUUUGGGUAAAUUUGGGGAUGUUCGUGUAUAUUGAGUUCCAGGCUUUAGAGGGAGUAUGAGAAAUAGGAAAAUCUUAUUUUUGGAAGUAGGUAUCAUUCACUCUUUGAGACUUAGAAGAUGAGUUUAUCAGCACAAGAAAUAAAAACUGAUUUUUUCCUUAGUGUGUAGAUGUAGUUUUACUGGCAAUAAUUAGUGUUAGAUUUCUAUCAGUACAUGAAUUACAGUAUAAAUUACACUCCCCUGGUUUGACUCCCUCUCUGGUAGGCUUGUUUGUUCUGAAGAUUACUUCUCAAAGACAGAUGUUCAUAAUAGCUUCGUUUUUUUGGUUUUAAUCUUUGUAAAUGAUGUAAUAUAAUUUCUUUUGACUAAACAUGGAAAAAUAACAAGUGUUAUACAUUGAAAAGUUUUUACAGGCUUUGACUGGGAUCAUUUUUGAAGAGACGGUAUUUUAUAUGCUUCCAGUAUUUGGAAAAGAAUUAGUCAAAAGGAAUUCAAAUAAUUUAAAUAUUGACAAAUUAAUAUCCAAAUAACAUACUUGUGUGAUUUUUUAAUAACCUGGGGAAAAUGGGAUGUGGGAAUUACAAUGUGCAAAGAAAGAGCGAUCUUUGCAUUCAUUUUUGACUCCUAACACAAAACUGCUAAAUCGUAACACAUUGUUACUUUAAUAUAUGUAUAAAGUAUUACUGUUUGUAAAGCUGCUGUUUGCUUAAGAAAUUAUCAUGUAAGUAUUUUCUGUACAUUGUGCCAACAGAUUAGAACAUUAAUUUAAUUUGCUGAAAGCUUAUCUUUUUAUUUAAUUUUUUUCUGUGGAAUAUUUUAUUUCAAACAUCUUUCCUUCUUCCUUGUCCCUUCAUUCUUUGUACACAUCAUAGAUUCUGCAGAAUCUAAAAACAGAACCCUGGUUAAUGAUAACAUUUAAACUUUGUUGGCAUAUCACACCUUAAAAGUAUUUGUAUUGUUUUGUAAUUUAAUUUCUAAAUAUACCACCUGAAUUUAUAAUUUAAUGUCUUAAUUGUAAUGCUCUAAUAAAAACUAGCAAAAUUUA